AUGGCGCUGGCCAGGCCCUGGACCCGGGACCCCAGGCCCCCGGCCCCUCUCCUGCUGCUGCUGCCGCUGCUCUGCACCCCUGCCCUAGCCCUCCUGGCCGGCACGGCCCCUUCGGAGACCCUGAGCACCUGUGCCUCAGACCCGUGCGCUCCAGGGACUGAGUGCCAGGCGACGGAGAGCGGUGGCUACACCUGUGAGCCCACGGAGCCCCGGGGCUGUGCCACCCAGCCAUGCCACCACGGCGCCCUGUGUGUGCCCCAGGGUCCAGAUCCCAACGGCUUCCGCUGCUACUGCGUGCCUGGCUUCCAGGGCCCACGCUGUGAGCUGGACAUCGAUGAGUGCGCGUCCCGACCCUGCCACCACGGGGCCACCUGCCGCAACCUGGCCGAUCGUUACGAGUGCCACUGUCCCCUCGGCUAUGCAGGUGUGACCUGCGAGACCGAGGUGGACGAGUGCGCCUCGGCGCCCUGCCUGCACGGGGGCUCCUGCCUGGACGGCGUGGGCUCCUACCGCUGCGUGUGCUCGCCGGGCUACGCGGGUGCCAGCUGCCAGCUGGACCUGGACGAGUGCCAGAGCCAGCCGUGCGCCCACGGGGGCGUGUGCCACGACCUGGUCAACGGGUUCCGGUGCGACUGCGCGGACACCGGCUACGAGGGCGCGCGCUGCGAGCAGGAGGUGCUGGAGUGCGCGUCGGAGCCCUGCGCGCACAACGCGUCCUGCCUCGAGGGCCUCGGGAGCUUCCGCUGCCUCUGCUGGCCAGGCUACAGCGGCGAGCAGUGCGAGGUGGAUGAGGACGAGUGUGCUCCCGGCCCCUGCCAGCACGGGGGCCAGUGCCUGCAGCGCUCAGACCCAGCCCUCUACGGGGGUGUCCAGGCCACCUUCCCUGGCGCCUUCAGCUUCCGCCAUGCUGCAGGCUUCCUGUGCCGCUGCCCUCCGGGCUUUGAGGGGGACGACUGUGCUGUGGAUGUGGACGAGUGUGCCUCAAGGCCAUGCUUCAGCGGAGGCCGCUGCCAGGACCUGCCCAAUGGCUUCCACUGCCACUGUCCAGAUGGCUACACAGGCCUGACAUGUCAGGAAGAUGUGGAUGAAUGCCUCUCAGAGCCCUGUCUUCAUGGUGGGACCUGUGAUGACACCGUGGCGGGCUACAUCUGCUGGUGCCCGGAGGCCUGGGGUGGGCAUGACUGUUCUGUGAAGCUCACUGGCUGCCAGGGCCACACUUGCCCACUGGUUGCUACCUGCAUCCCCACCUUCGAGUCUGGGGUCCACAGUUACACCUGCCGCUGCCCACCAGGUACCCAUGGACCUUUUUGUGGCCAGAAUACUACCUUCUCCCUGGUCGCUGGGACCCCUGUGCGGGCUUCGGUGCCUGCUGGUGGCCCCCUGGGUCUGGCACUGAGGUUUCGCACCACGCUACCCGCUGGUGCCUUGGCCACUCGCACUGACACCCAGGACAGCUUGGAGCUCGCACUGGCAGGGGCCACGCUUCAGGCCACACUCUGGAGCCAUGGCAACCCUGUGCUCAUCCUGAGGCUGCUGGACCUGGCCCUAAAUGAUGGCCACUGGCACCGAGUGGAAGUGACGCUCCGCCUGGGGGUCCUGGAGCUGCGCCUCUGGCACGAGAGCUGCCCUGCCCGCCUCUGUGUGGCCUCCAGUCCUGUGGCCCCGGCCCCCACAGCUUCUGUGGCUCCGACGCCUGUCUGGCUCUGCUCGGCCCAGCUGGGUGGCGCGGCCUUUGCAGGCUGUCUCCAGGACGUGCGCGUGGACGGGCACCUCCUGCUCCCUGAGGAUCUCGGUGAGAAUGUCCUACUGGGCUGCGAGCGCCAUGACCCAUGUCAGCCUCUGCCUUGUGCUCACGGAGGGACCUGCGUGGACCUGUGGACUCACUUCCAUUGCGACUGCCCUCGGCCCUAUGGUGGUCCCACGUGCGCUGAUGAGGUUCCUGCUGCCACCUUUGGCUUGGGGGGCACCCUGAGCUCUGCCUCCUUCCUGCUCCACCAGCUCCCAGGCCCCAACCUCACUGUGUCCUUUCUCCUCCGCACCCGAGAGUCUGCUGGCCUGCUGCUCCAACUUGCCAACGACUCAGCCGCUAGCCUGACAGUGUUCCUGAGAGAGGGCCAGAUCUGGGCUGAGGUGCUGGGCAGUCCUGCUCUGGUGCUCCCCGGGCGCUGGGAUGAUGGGCUCCGCCACCUGGUGACACUCAGCUUUGGGUCUGACCAGCUGCCGGGCUUGGGGCAGCAGGUGCACGUAGCGGGGAGGCUCCCCCCAGCUGACACCCAGCCCUGGGGUGGGCCCUUCCGAGGCUGCCUCCAGGACCUGCGACUCAAUGGCCUUCACCUCCCCUUCUUUCCACUGCCACUGGGGAACUCAAGCCAGCCUGAUGAGCUGGGCAGCAGGCAGUCCUGGAACCUCACCAUGGGCUGCAUCUCCGAGGACAUGUGCAGUCCUGACCCCUGUCUCAAUGGUGGGACUUGCCUCGUCACCUGGAAUGACUUCCAUUGCACCUGCCCUGCCAACGUUACGGGGCCCACGUGUGCCCAGCAGCUGUGGUGUCCUGGUCAGCCCUGCCUCCCGCCUGCCACCUGCGAGGAGGUCCCUGAUGGCUUUGUCUGUGUGUCAGAGGCCACGUUCCGCGAGGGGCCCCCGGUCGCAUUCAGCGGGCACAACGCGUCGUCGGGGCGCUCGCUCAGCGGCCUCUCGCUCGCUUUCCGCACGCGCGACUCCGAGGCCGGGCUGCUGCGCGCCUCCGCGGGCGCCGCCACCGCCGCCGCCGUCUGGCUGGCCGUGCGCAACGGCUCGCUUGUGGCCGGUGUGCGCAGUGGCCGCGGCCUGCCCGGCGCCGUGCUCCCCGCGCCCGGGCCGCGCGUGGCCGACGGCGCCUGGCACCGCGUGCGCCUGGCCAUGGAGCGCCCGGCGGCCGCCACGUCGCACUGGCUGCUCUGGCUGGACAGCGCGGCGACGCCCCUGGCGCUGCGCGGCCUGGCCGGGGACCUGGGCUUCCUGCGCGGCACGGCCGCUGCCCCCGUCCUGCUGGCCGAGAACUUCACCGGCUGCUUGGGCCGCGUGGCGCUCGGCGGCCUCCCGCUGCCCCUGGCGCGCCCCCGGCCCGGCGCGGCCCCCGGCUCCCGAGAGCACUUCUCCGCCUGGCCCGGGGCGCCCGGCCCGCGCCUCGGCUGCCGGGGCGCGCCCGUGUGUGUCCCCUCGCCCUGCCUGCACGGCGGCGCCUGCCGAGACCUCUUCGACGCCUUCGCCUGCGCCUGCGGCCCCGGCUGGGAGGGCCCGCGCUGCGCCGCCCGCGCCGACCCCUGCCGCUCGGCGCCCUGCGUCCCCGGCCGCUGCCACGCGCGCCCCGACGGCCGCUUCGAGUGCCGCUGCCCGCCGGGCCUCGCCGGCCCGCGCUGCAGGUCUCCUGUCCUGCCAGAGGAGUGCAACCUGAACUCCACCUGCAUCAAGGGUGGCCCAUGUGAGGGAGAACCCAGGAGUGCCAACUGCAGCUGCCGGGAAGGCUUUCCUGGCCAGAGAUGUCAGAUGCCCUGUGAAGCCAACCCCUGCUUGAACGGGGGCACCUGCCGGGUCGCUGGGGGGCUGUAUGAAUGUAUCUGCAACUCGAGGUUCUCAGGCCGGUUCUGUGAAGUGCUGAAGGGCCUGCCGCUGCCACUGCCGUUCCCACUGCUGGAGGUGGCCGUGCCUGCAGCCUGCGCCUGCCUUCUUCUCCUCCUCCUGGGCCUCCUCUCAGGGAUCCUGGCAGCCAGAAAGCGCCGCCAGUCAGAGGGCACCUACAGCCCGAGCCAGCAGGAGGUGGCCGGGGCCCGGUUGGAAAUGGACAGUGUCCUCAAGGUGCCACCCGAGGAGAGACUCAUCUAGACCUGCAGCUGCCGGCUCUGGCACCCAUGAGUCCUGGACGAUUUCUGCUGGGAGACCCAAGGAGGCCGCUUCCAGGAGUGGCGGGAGUGGCUCGCCCCUUCUCAGCCUUGGGGAGCUGCUGCAGGGCCCGGAACACUCCCUCGGGAAGCGUCCUCUUUGCCGGCAGCCCUGCCUCUGCCCCAUCAUGGACUGAGGAAAAGGGGGCGCUCAGGGAAGCAGAGGGGGGCCGGCCAGUUCGUGGACUUCGUCAUCGGAUCCGCUUGGUCUUGCCUGCUGUGCAGGGGCAGGGCACACGUGGGUGCACAGUGUUCAGGAGUGUGUGCAUGUGUGUGUGUGUGUGUGUACCUGGGGACCAUCAAUCUCCAGAUCCCAGUGAGAGUGUCCUGGAUGGGGCUUGUGAGUGUGUCUGGGUCUUUGCUGUGUGUUCAUGUGACUGUCUGAUGGCCGCUGGCGGUCCCAUGAGGGGAUCCCAUGGAGGGCUGGCCGUGGGGCCACGGGGACCACCUGGGGCAGGGGCAACCGCAGGUUACACGUUCUCCAGGCGGCCAGGCCAGGGCUUGCCUAAGGACCUAAGCCCCAGCUCCUGUAUCUUCUCUCACCUCGGAGGCUGCCCCUGCCCCGGAAGGAGUUGGAAAUCAUGGAGAGGCCAUUAGCCAGAGGCCCUGUGGGCUCCUGGCUCCAGAACAAAUGCUCCUCAGGCAAACCUGUCUCUGUUCUGUGCCGGAGCCAGGCAUGUGCGGCACGCAGGCCACAUCCAGGGCAGACCCACAGGAAUAGGGGACGGGCCGCCCUGAGCUGCCCAGCUUGCCGGGGGGUGUCUGGGCUCUGUGUGGCCUUCCUCCCCGGGCUGUCAUCUCUAGAAUGGGAGAGCAGCCCCUGCCCACCUCAGGGCUGUUGUGAGGAGCAGCAGGGGUGACACCAGGAAAAAACUCUGUAAGCUGGGUCCACUGUGAAGGGCUGUCUGGGUCCUUUUAGAUGUUGGGAAGGGUUGUCUCCCUUGACGGAGUUGAAGGAAAGAGUGGGGGAAGGGGCCUCCCUGAGGGGCAGCAAGAAGCAGAGGGUGAGGAAGUGAAGGAGCAACCUGCCCUCCCCCACCCCCACCCUUCUGGUUCUGCAGCUCCACCAACGCCAGCGAUCUCUGCUCCUCGAAGCCGCCUGGUGAGGCCACUCCCUCACUCUCUAGAUGGCUGUUGGGAGGAUGUGGGGAGAGGACUCCCCCCGGAAGCCCUCUGCGGAGCACAGGUGCUCAGCGAACGGUGGCGCCGCCUCUUUGUGUAGGGGCUGGUGCUGCAGACAGGCACAGACGCAGGGGAAGAGUUUGCAGCUUUGCUUCCAGGCCCUUCCCUGGCAAUGCCAUCACACUGGGAUCUCUGAUCCUGGAGGGGCACCCGCCUGAGGGCCUGGCCUCUCAGCUUCACAGGGUCCCUUUGUUCCUGACCUGGAGAUUUACCCUUGGCUCCUUCCUGUUUCCCAGGCCAGAGCCUCCUCUGCCAAGGCCAGGAGACCCCUUUCCACUUUCAGGUUGCAGGUUGACUUACCCAGCUCCCCUCGGGGUCUCAGCCAGCUUCC